AUGAAGGAACACCUGGACGAUAGUGUUGGUGCAACGUCGAGGACAUCUGGACGGAAGAGUGAAGCGACGGUGGCCGAAUCUGGGAUAAGGUCAGACGCGGCGGCGAAGAAGCGAGGUUUGCGAGCCGCGGGCUGUGCGCGCUACCGCAGUAAUUUGCCUGUGAAAAUGGCGUCUGAUAAUGAAACUUCUUGUGUGUGUGACCCAAAUUUCGCUGUUAUUUGCUCGUUUUUGGAGAAAUUUGCGAAAUCAUGCGGGAUUUCGCAUCCCAAUAUACUGGAGCUUCAGGAGAUGCUGGAAAACUCGCAAGAAGUACCUCAACCAUUGGUUGAUCUCCAUGUAAAGUUAUUGAGAAAAGCCCGAAAAUCUGUGUCUGGGGAGCGAUGGGAAAAAGCUAUUAUUAAGUUCUGUCAUUCAUAUUCUAAUCAGGAUGGAUGGGAAAUUGAGAGAUUUGGGUACAAAAAAGCUCGAAUUUCUGUAAAAUUACGUAUUCUUAAGAUGCUUUUGGAACUGCAAUUUGACUUAAAUACAAAGUUUAAGACGGAAGUAAAUAGACUGAGUGCCGAUGAGCUGCGUUGUCAACCUUUAGGUAGAGAUAAAAUGGGCCAAACCUAUUGGUGUCAGUUAGACGAAGAUUGUAAUUUGCGAGUGUAUCGUGAAGAUCUUGAUGAUGAAACUUGGGAAGUUGUGGCUCGAGAUCGGGAUGGUUUAGUGCAGUUGAUUUCACAGUUAUCUUCUAAUGAUCCAUUCCGGAAAGAUACAGAAGAAAUUCUUAACGAAGACAGUAAUAGCCUUGAAAUUGAAAAACCCAUAACAGAUACAGGUCAGGCAAUUGUCUUGCAGAAAGAAGAAUUAGCAGAAACACUAGAUGAUGAUGACGAUGAAGAAUUUGAAGAGAUUGAUGAUGAUGAAAGUGAAGACAAAGAUGAUAUUCCAGAUCAUGGAAAUAUUGAAAAGAGUUGUGCUGCAGAUGAAGAAGAGGACAAAAAAGAAAGUAAUGUUGAAAAGAAAGAAUUUGAAGUGAUAGAAAAAAAAACAGAACCUGAAGAUCAUUGUGUAUUGAAACAAAUUGAAGAAAAUAAAACGAUACAUGCAGAAUCGUCAGAAUGUUCAUUAAAAGAAACAAAAUCUGCACAAAAGAGUCCAAAUCUUAGCAGUGAAUCUGAAUUGAAGCCUGAAGAAUCUAAAGAAGAAAAUAUGAAUGAACUUUCAAAACCUGAUGAUUUGUUGCAAUCUCCAGAACAUGAAACUUGUUUGUUGAAAUUGGAAGAAUCUGAAAAUUCGCGUGUUUUGAAACCUGCAGAAUCUGAAGACGAACAACCUAUAUUUAAUUCUUCUAAAUCAAAAGAAGAAAAUGUAAUAAACACAAUUGAAUUUAAAGAGAGUGAUACUAAACCUGCUGAAUCAAAAGAAGAAGAUGCGACAAAAACAUCAGAACCUAGGGAGAAAGAAAUGUUGGAACCUACAGAAUCAAAAGAAGAAAAUACAAUGGAAACAAUGGAAUCCAAAGGGAAAGAAAUAUUGAAACCUGCUAAGUCAAAUGAACUUCAUGUAAUAAAAACAACAGCAAUCAAAGAAAAAGAAAUAUUGAAAUUUACCAGGUCAAAAGAAGAAAAUGUAAUAAAAGAAACGGAACCUAAAGAAAAAGAAAUCUUGAAACCUGGAGAUGGUAAUGGAGAAAAUUGUUUUGAACAAGGAGCAUCUAAAGAUGAUUCUAAAUUGAAAAUUACCGAGUCUAAAGAGAGGGAGAUAGAAUCUAAAGACAAAAGUUUGUUGACUCCUGUAGAAUCUGAGAGUUCUGGAUAUAAAGAGUUAAAACAUUCAAAAUUUAAAGAAGAUGCUUCGAAAAAUGAUGAGCAGUCCAACAAAUAUGUGUUUAGAACUACAGAUAAUUUAAAUCUUGAAACUACUGCCAAGACAGCUCCAAAGGUGGAGGAUAUCCCGAACAGGUUCUCUUCUGUGAAUAAAGAAAUUGAAAGGCAUCUUCCACGACCAUCAACAAAUAAUCCUUCACAAGAUAAUAUACCGCAAAAUGAGUUCAUUGGGAUGGAUUUAAGUAAGCCGUCUCAACCCCGAGUUUUGGAAUCUCCUAUUGCGAAGAACUCAGGUAUUGAUCUUAGCAGCAAAUUGUAUACAGAGGAACACUCGUUACAGCAACUUGUUAAAAUUGAAGACAUGAAUGAAAGCAGUACAUCAAACUCCAGCCUUGUAGCAGAAGAUUUAUCAGAUGCUAGCAAGCGUACUCUGUCAAAUCCAGAAAACUUUGAUCAUAAGAGAUUUGUUCCUCAUCCUUUAACUGCUACUGAUCUCAGUACUAAACGUCCAAUUGAUUUACUUAAAUCAUCCAAGGUAACUAUAAUGAAUUCAAUGCCAGGGUUUAGUUCUUUAUCUGUGAGCCGUCUUAAUUUGUCAGGUAAGCGGUUACAUGAAAGUGACCUAAUGACAAAUGAAGCCAAAAAGUUGAGAUUAGAACAAACAGUUGCUGCUAAUUGCCAUAAAUUAAUGCCUCCUAUUGUUGGACCUCCACUACCUCAUUUUGGUAGUGGGAGCUUUGACAGUGAAGACAGCACCGAAGUAGGAGAAGCUAUUGAAGAACCCCUUAUGCUUGUUAGAGGAGAGGGAUCUGGGGCUGAUUGUAAUACAGGGAAUCCUGGGAAAGAAGAAGAGAGUGGGAAAAGUAACCGUGAUUCAUCCAAGAGUGAUGAGAUUUCUGCUGGAGGAGGUGCAGGGCAAUCUGAAAAGAGUGCUCUUUCUAAUGAUAAUGGUAACAUCUCAACUAACAAAGGAGAGGCAAGUGGAAAAGGGCCUGAAAUUAGCAAUCAAGAAACUAAGAUAAAUCUUACGAGAACUUCAAGUACUUCUACAAUAUCUAACGUCUCAGGUGGUUCAACACUGAGAGAAGUUAAAUUUUCUAAAGAUGAAAAAGAUGUUCAAAUAAAUUGUGAAAAGACAUUAGCAUUAUCUGUAGAAAAGCUGACAGAAGAGAAUGAAAGAUGUUCUGAUUUAAACACAAAAAAAACUGAGAAUCAGGAAUGUAGUGCAAAAGAUAAAAAUUUAAAUGUUUUGGAAACGUAUGAAGCUAAGAAAAUCUCUGACCCAGGAGAAGAUACAGAAAAAUCUCAAUCUGCUACAAAUAAGAUGCUUUGUUUGGACAAACAUUCACUUAAAGAAGAAUCAUGUCUACAAUCUCCACCCAAACAUUCUCCCAAGUUAUGGAGCAUUGAAACAAUUUGUGCACCAGAUGGAAAAUCAAAAGAUAAUCCAAAAACAGGAAGUGGAAGUACAAAAGUUGGUGGAAAUUCUUUUUUAGGUGUGGUUUCAGACAGUUUGUAUGGAGAUAAAUACAGUGCAAAGUUUCAGGAUGUAGAGUUGGGUGGUCGAAUCAAUCCUACCAGUAGCAGUCCCACAAAGAGACCAUCUCGUUGGGAUGUGUGUGGGGAUGAUAGAUUACAGAAGAAGGACCAGUCUGAUUCUAAUGAUAAAAGCAGUGUUUUACAGAAUGCCUCUUCAACUGCUGCUGACACGUCAGAACAGAAGAUGGGUCCCAUGGAUGAAUUACGUAACACAAAUUUAGGUCCAGUUACAGAAGAACAGAAUGUUGCUAUUGAUAUGCUGCCUGCUGUUGAGGUGUCCAGACCAAGUAAAAAUAUUACUGAAUCCAGGGUACAGGUAUGUCAAAAACAAAAAUUCAAAUUUGAUAUUGAAAAUAUAAUUAGUAUAGUUGCAGAAAAAGAAAAAACAAAACCUCCAUUGAUAUCAACUUUUGAUGUGAAAGCAAACACAUACAUUGGCCAAUUACAGAUUGCUGGAGCUGAGACACAAGGAAGAAAAGAGGAUGCUACACCAGAGAAAGAAGCAGAAGCUCUUGAUCGGGGAACUCAAGAAUGCCAAUCUACAGAACAAACUACUGAAAAGAACGGAUCAGGUGACACAAAUGCCAACCUUGAGAAAUUACCAUCUCAAGGAUUCUUUUUUGGUCCAGGCUGUUUACUUAAGUCACCUAUUAAGAAAACAAAUGAUGGCAUCAACUCAUCAAACACCGGAGACUCUGAGAAAACAGAUGAGGCUGAGAGUGACUCCUCCGAGGGACAAACAAGUAUGUCUAUGUUAUCUGAACAGACUAAUAAAGGAAUUGGCGAAUCAGUAUCUGAGGUGUUUGGAACGAAGGAUGAGGGGGAAUUCUCUGAAAUCAGUGAUAAAUGUUCAAAAAUAACAGUAUGUGCUGCUAGUUCGUCACCAAAAAAUGAUUCACCAUUGAAAUCUAAAACAUUACACAGUAUUGACACAAUUAUGUCCACUCAUAAGCUCGAAGAAACCAAUAAUAUUCCUCAGCAAACUGAAUCUUGUGUGCCUUUUUCUGCAGAAGUAUCCUUGUUGGAAGCACGAUCAUGUGCUUCUGAGAAAAGAAUAGAUCGUGAAAAUCCUCUGCAAGCAAAGGAAGCAAGUUCUGGUUCAGAAGUUAAAGGAAUGGAGCUUGUUUCAUCUGAGUCUUGUUCAGAGACAUUAGAGGAUAAGGUACAUAAACUAUCUCGAAAUGAAAAAGAGGAGACCGCUAAUCCAUUGCUUUCAAAAGAAAAAACAAAUAAAGGAUCAGAUAAGACUGUUUUUGAAGGAUUCUCAUCUAGUAUUUUUGGAGAGAAACCUGCUUUCUCUGAUGCAAAAAAGGAAUGUGGCAAAAAUAUUAGUUCCCUGGUAAAGAGUUCAGGCCUUCAGAGUCAAGUUGAUGUAAAAACCAAAGGAGAUUCUGCUGCUGAGCAGUCCAAAACUUUUAAUGAGGACAAUUCCCAUGUGAAGAAAUUUAAAAGUGAAAUUCUUGCCUCUGGUGAGAAUACUUCUAAAUGUGCCCAAAGUGACAUAAAUGGAAAAAGCCUAGAGACCAAGGAACUGAAUUUAUUUAGUGAAAUAUCAGGUGGUUCCAGUGUAGAGAAGGAAUCUUACAAUGAUGCAAAAAGGAAAGGUACUUUGGAAGUGUUAAGUACUGAAGAUUCAAAUAAAAAAACAUCUGUUGGAACUAGUGACUCAGCUAAAAAUAACCCCAAUACAAAAGAGAGGAGUACAAAUCAUCAACAGUUAAAUACUGUUUCUGAGGAUAGGGAGAAAGCACCGACUUAUGAGAAGAAAGAAAAGAGCGAUAGACCACCAAAUGUGUCUUUGGGGAAUGAAGAUCAGAAUGUUAGAGCGGCGUGUGAGGAACAUCAUGAUGGAAAUAAAUCUAAAAUUGACAGUGCUCAAGGAAAAGAAAUAAUUCAUAAAAGUGCCGAUGGUAUUGCUGCUAAACUUUAUAAAGAAAAUAAAUCUGAAACUUUAAAUGAGGAACCUUACGCUUUGGCAAGUUCUUCUCAAAAUAAAGGAGUUUCACAUGUGUCAAAACACCAGGCAGCAAUAAAAGAACCAAAAUUGGAAACAAAUCCCUUCAUUUCUCUGACAGAAAAGGGGGAUUUAGUGUCUCCUGAUAAGUGUUCAAUGAAUGAGAAACUAAGUGCUACGAAAACAGAUUCUGACCAGCAACUAAGGCAUCACAUUAGGAGUUCUUCAUGUGUUAAGAGUUUGAGUUCACUUGGUCAAAAGCCAUUGGAUUCCAAUACAUCUUCCAGUGAUCUAAAAAAGAAUGUUAAUAAACUUGUGAAAUCAGAACCUAAGUUAGAUGAGAAACCUGUUAUUUCCAUUUUAGCUGCUGUUCCAUGCCAAUCAUCCUUAUCUGCAUGUGAAAAACCCAUUGAAGAAAAUAUUACAGAACAUGAAGACAGACAUCCAAAAGAUUCACCUGAAGAUGAAGUAUCUUUAGCUUUGGGAAAGUGCAUAGAAAUGAAUGUGAGAAGUGAUGCAAGAAAUGAAGCUAAAGUUUCUGAAAUAAUGAAUUUAAAUACAUUGCUGGAUGGGUCCAAACAAAAACAUGAAAAUGUUGCCUCAUCAGAGGAAAGCAAAAGUAAAUUGCCACAUUUAUUACAGUUACCAGAAAAAACUAUUGGUACCAAAAGUAUGAAUGUUUUGAAAGUAGACAAAGUAAAAUCAUCCUUAUCAUUAAAUGUGGCCCAUAAACACAUUGGAGAAAGGGCAGAUAAAUCGGUGGAAAAAUGUACUUCUGAUUUUAGAAUGAACGAAGAGGAAAAAAAGACAUUGCUUGAUAUGAAAUUAGGAGGGGGAAUAAGUUCUGCAGUUUCUGAAAGUAAACUUUCACCCAUGACUUCUGAUAGAGAAUUUCAAUGUAUGAAAAGUCAAGCACUGCAUUCAGAACCAAAAGUUGAGGACAUAUCUUCUGAUCAAACAAAUCUCAAUUUAGGAAAAGAUGAUUCUAAAAAAGGGACAGAAUGUAUUGUUAGUAAUGUUGGUUGUAAAGUAAAAACUGCUGAAAAAAUUGCAGAUAUUAGUGCUUCUAUUUCAAAAUCUACUGGGAAAUUUCCUGACAAACCUACUUCUCCUGCUUCCAGUUCUCUUCUCAAAACUGAAGUGGACAGUUCCAUUAAGAUAUCUCUAGAAAAGACUGUUGGUCAAUCUGACACUAUCUUAAAAAAGAAAGGUGAUGUUAUAAGUACUACAACAUGUGAAGAUCAAGUUAAAAUGACACUUUCAAGUACCUCAGCAAGCCUGACACAGCAGAAGUCUAUUGAAAAUCCAUCCCAAAUCGAAAUAAAAUCAGUGCUUGCUUCAGCGGAUGCUCAUGGAAACAAAACAUUUCCUAAAAAUGAAAGUGAAAUUGUAAGAAAGACAUCCCAUGUUGAUCACAGCAAAUCUCAAAGUGAACAUCUUGGUGAAUAUUCUAAAACGGCAUCUGAUCCUGCUUCCACAAAUGAGGCUCUAACAAGUAAUAAUCCUACCAAAGAAUGUCAUGAAACUGUAUCAAGAAAGGGUGUUAAAAGCAAAUCUCUGAAUUUAUCAACUGGUGUGGAGUCUCUUAAUAAUUCGGUAAAAAUUACAAAACAACAUGAUUUGCCUAAAGAAACCACUACUCUUCCUUUUGGUGCAGACAACAAGCAAGGAAAAGCCGAUGUCAGUGUUUCAAGUGAAGUAAAUACUGAGUCUGUUUGCCCUUCAUUGAAAUCAUGUGAAACAAAAACUAGUAGCAUUGUAACUCCCAAAACAAAAGCUGACAUAAGAGAUCAUUCAGAAGGUAAUACUGAAACAAAGAAAAUUGUCAUUUCUGCAGAAAAGGAUUCUUCCUCAUCUGAUAAUUUUACCAAAAAUGCUUGUGAAAAUAUUAUUAGUAAUAUUCCUAAAGACGAACUUCAAUCUAAAUCUGAGAAAAUUCAUUGUGUUAAAGAAGCUGACAUACCUCUCCUUUCUGCAAGUGUAAUUGCAGAUAUGAAUACUGAAGUUGAUAAAAAACCAUCCACUUCAGUGCAGGAAGCUAAAGAAAACCCUUCUUAUUUUCAUGAUAAAAUUAAAUGUGAAUUUGAUUCAUCUGGUGAAAUUAAAACCAAACUUCCUUGCUUGUCUCCUAAGAAUAAAAAUCAGGUUGAAAAUGUGGUCUCAAAGAAGAUUGAGCCUAUUGUGUCCGAAACUAUUUCUGAUAGUAAUACAAACAAUGUUUGUAGUGCUAUAAAAUGCGAAACAAGUGAAAAGACUGAAAGAAAAUCUCUUCUUUCAAUAAAAGAUGGAGCAAAGAUUCCUGAACUAGAUAGUAAUACUGUUAACUCCUCUUUGCAUAAAGAUGAUUCCAAAGUUUCAGCAAACAAAAAGGAUAAAAAUGAGCCAAGAAAUCAAAACAGAGAAGAAAGAGCAGACAACAAUGUUCAUUUACCAGAUGAUGCAAAAAUUACGAUAACUGAAAGAAAUUUAGCUGUUUCACCUUCUGAGUCUGAAAAAAAACCACUGCAAAAAUCUGCAACCAGAGAAGAAAAUGAAGAAACAUUUCAGAGAGAAAUACAACCAAAUGUUGAACAAAUAUCUUCAAUUGCAAAGAAAAUUAUAGAUCUUUCAUCUGCUCCUAAAAAAACACUACUCAAGUCUGGGUUAGAAAAGAAAGUAAUUAAACAUGAUAAAAUAACAGAAAAGACUUUUGAUGUAGGAAAAUUAACACCAGUCUCUGAAAAUUUGAGUGAAUGUAAUAAUUCCAAUGUGUUAGAGAAAAAGCCAGAUAAUGUCCAAAAAGAAGAAAAGUUAGUAAUUGUAUCCCAGGAGAAUUUAUUAAAGAAAAAUAUUAAGGAUACAACCGAUCCCAAUGAUAUUUCUCAUCUUCCGAAGCACAAAGAUAUGAGUGAAGUUGUUCCAGAUCUGGUUGGACAUAAGAUAGGAGAAAAAGCUGGAAUGGGUUUGCAAAGUCAAAAUGUGGAUAAUCAGAAGAUGAUAACAUCUUCCAAGGCAGAAGAAACAACCGCAAGAAGUUCUCAUUUAGAACCGAAAAAAAAUCGCUCGCCCAGUUUUAAUGAAGGAAGUCAAAAGGGUGUUGUGGAAGAUACAAGAACAGUAACAGCUCAAUUAGAUGUCCCUUCAGAUCAAAAAAUAUCUGAGUUUUCCUUGAGCAAGGGCAAAUCACAUCUCAAAGAUGGAAGUGCUCAAGCUGUAAUGAAAGAAAUGCCCAGUGCAGGUGAUAAACAUCAUGAGAAGGGUAUACCGGGGUCGAAUAUUGUGCUACUUCGCUCUGAUGAGGAUUCAUCAGAGAAAUGUACACAAAAUGUCAAUGAUACUGAAAUAUCUACCAAGCCUCUUCUAACUACUGAGGCGAUAAAUUCAUUUCCUGACACAAGUACUGUGCAAAACUUUGUGACAGUUGAUAAACCGUGUGAAUUGCAGAGUCCAAUCAAAGAAUCAGUGAAAAAUGUACCUUCUAAAUCUUCAAUUACUAAACCUUCAACAAUUUUGUGUAAAGGGAAAAAUGAGUUUCAAAACAAAGGACGUCGAAAAUCUCUUGAAAGUAUUUCUAUGGGCAUCAUGAUGAGGAAAGCAGCAAAAAGUAGUCUGCAGGAACCUGUGAAUACUGGUGAUGGAAACCUAGAGGAAGAAAUUACUAAACUUCCUGAGUCAGCCCCAACUAAAGAGUCAGCCCCAACAAAUCAAGUUAAACUUGUAAAGCCAAGUUCAUCAAAUCAACAAAAUGAAAGUCAAAAUGUGAAAUUUGAAUCCCAUAAAAUCUGCAUGGAAUCUGACAAAUUAGAUUCUUUGACUUCUGGAUCUAAUGUACAAGGCAAUGAUAGCAAAGCUUCAAUUCAAAAUACAUUAGAAGUAACUCAAAUUACUGAACAGGUUACAAAACUUGAAACGUCAACUGAACAAUUGUCUGAAACAGAAGGGAUGAAAAUGGUCCAGGCAGAUGUGCUUGAAAAGAAAAAAUCAUCAUUGGUUGUACAAAAAGUAGAUGACCUUGUGGUGGAGGCUGAUCAGAUACCUGACACAGUAAAAAGAACUGAAGAAGUAGAAAAGAAAGAAGCAACAGAGUUAAUGCCUCAAAAAGAUACAAGUGUUGAAUUGAAACAGCAAGAUAUUCCUGGAGAGCAUGGUGGUGCUGCUUUUUAUCCAGAAGUUGACAAAGCGCCUGAUAAAAACAAACAAGAUACUAUUUCUGCUUCCAGUGAGAAAUUAGACACUGAGGACUGUAAAAAUUCUAAAAGCAAACUUAAAAAUACUGAAAAUAAACUUGAUGGUGACAAUUUAUUUCCUAAAGAAAAAAAUAAGGAGGAUCCUUCCAGCAUUAAAGAUUCAAGUAGCAUUGCCCUUGCAGGAGUAGAAAGCUCUGACAAAGAAUCUCAUGAAUCAUUAAAUACUCUUCAGUUUGCUGAUAUCACAAAACUAUCAGUGAAUAAAAAACAGGAAGAGAUAUCAUUAUUGAAAGAGACUGUUGUUACUGGUGAAAAAACUCCUUUAGAUCCAAGUGACCCGCAAAGAGAUAGCAUUCUGAAUGUAGAGAUAGUGAAAGAGGAUAAUUUUGCUACAAUCAGUACUGAAAGCCAGUUAGAAGAGACUGGUUCUCCCAAAGUGGAUAUUCCAGAUACUUCUGUAACUGGAUCUAAAGAUGUUGUAGCCACUGAACAGAGCAGUGAGGAAGAUGUUGCAAAUGAUGAUUCUUGUUACAUUCCUGAUAACGACAGUCUUGCGGAUCAAGAAUCUGAUGACAAUAAGGCUGCCUCUCCCAGUAAUCAGAAACAUGAUCAAAAAGAUGAAGAAAUACAACGAGGGAAACAAAGUCCGGUAGAGGAAUCACUUGUGCUUGAGGAAACAGGAGGUGCAAGUAGUUCUGAGGGAGAACAAGGUGGAGAACCGGAUGGGUCUUCUUAUGAAGGUGAAAGUGAAGCAGGUGCUACAGGAAAACGAGGAGGUGCGGUUACUCAACCUCGUCAGAAAAGUGGUCGUGGUCGUCGAGGUCGAGGUCGUGGAUCACGUGGUCGAAGUAGAACUCAAAGAGCAAAUACUGGGAAGAGUGCCAGCCCAGUUCCUACUGGGGCGUCAGAGGAUGAUAAAAAGGAACUAGAACCUAUUACUUCUGUCACUCCUACAAAAACUAAAGGAAAUCGGGGAAAACGAGCUCCUAAGUUAAUGGGUCUGGAUUUAGGCGUAGAUAUUGUUCUUGAACAAAGUCGUGGAGAUGAAGAAGGAAGACCUGGUGCUCCUCCUGUUCGUCAGUCACGACGUAUUGCACAAAUGAAAAUCCGAGAAGAAGCAGAAAGACGUAAACUAGAAGAAAUGACUUUGCAACAACUUAAGGAGGAACAAAGUCGAAGGCGUGCUGAUGCUCGAGCUGAGAAAAAGGAACUCAAGGAAGGGAAGAAACGAAAGAAAAAAGCUAUUGAAAGUGAUGAAGAUUUCACUGCAGAGGAAGCUGAUGAAGAAGCUUCUUCAAAGAAAAAGAUGAAAAAGAAGAAACGUCGAAAGAAAAAACCAGCUCUAAGUUUUAAUGAAAGUAAUCCAUGGCAAUCAUCAUCUGGAUCUAGUACAUCUCAAGAGGAAGAUGAAGAGGGAGAACAAACAGAAGAAGAGGAAGAUGAUGAAGAAUUGAUUUUCAAGUCAGACCAUGAAUUCUCCCCAGAAUCUGAUUUGGAAAAUGAUGGCACUGAGGUGACUCCUAUGCGAAGAGCAAGAACUGCUCAGAAAGGAUUGCCUUGUGAAGAUGAAGAACAACCAACAGAUGAACAUGCUUGCCAGAAAUGUGGGAAAAGUGAUCAUCCAGAAUGGAUCUUACUGUGUGACAAAUGUGACUCAGGCUGGCAUUGUUCUUGCUUACGUCCAGCUCUAAUGGUUAUUCCCGAAGGCGAUUGGUUCUGUCCACCAUGUGAACAUACCUUUCUCCUUGAAAACCUCCAUAACAAUCUUCUGGAAUUUGAUAGAAACUGGAAGCGCCGAGAAAAUGAAGAAUUGCGUCGCAAAAGACUUGCAUAUGUUGGAAUCAGUUUGGACAAUGUAUUGCCAAAUAAAGAAGGCAGUGGAGGUGAAUCUGGUACUGAAAUGAAGAAGGAACCUAUAGCUGCAUCACCAUCUGGAUCUGAUGUAUCAGGUUCAGAAUCGGGAACUUCAUCUGAUGAAGACUCAGAACCUGUAUAUCAGUUGCGCCAGAGACGACAAACUCUCUUUAGUUAUCGGUUUAAUGAAUAUGAUGAUCUCAUAAACUCUGCCAUUCAGGAUGAAAUGGAAGCUGUGAAAGGAGCUGGCAAUCAAGGUCGAGGAAAGGAUAUAGCCACAAUUGUCAAAGCUGAAGCAGAAGCGGAAGCAGUAGCCCAGGCACAGGCUCAAGCACAAGAACAAACACACGCUGAGGAAAUGCAAACUACUCAGGAAGUUGCAGCAACUCCUGAAGAAAGUGCAGUGAAAAUGGAAGCAAAGGAAGAGCCCAUCUCUGAAGAAAUGGAGAAAGAAGAAUUGCCGCCUGUUGUUCCCAAACAUGAUAUUAAGGACGAAGAAGAGGAGGAGGAGGAUGAAUUCUGUCCCUUUAAAAAGUUUCAAAUUAGAAAGAAACAUCGUCGUCUCAAUAGUCUUGAUAUCAGUAGUGAGGAUGAUGCUGAAUCAGAUGAAGACUUCAAGGGAACUAGUUCAGAGGAUGAUGAAGAUGAGUAUGAAGGAUCCGAAGGAGAGAGUGAAGAUUCGGAGUUCAGAGGUCGUCGUGGCAAAGGUUCCCGCCGUCGUGCUUCUGGUCCUGUUCGAAGAUCCAGUCGAGCUCGGAUAACACGUUUUGAUAAAGAAUUUAUUAAUGAUGACAGUGAAGAUAGUGAACCACCUAAGAAAAAGUCUCGGAAAUUUUGGCAAGAUUCUGACAGUGAAGAUAGUGAUGCAUCAUGGAGACGUUCAAAGCGAUCCAAAAAGCAGGUUACUACUUUCAAAACCAUUAAAACGAAAAGCAAAAAGAAAAAGAAAAAGAGAAGCAAACGUGAUGGAGAUUCCGAUUUAGAGGUGUAUAGAGCUAAGAAACCGAAAAUAAAAUAUGGAGGAUUAGAAGAAGACGCGGUAUCCCCCACUCGAAGGACUCGUGGUCGUAAAAUUAAUUAUCAGGAAUUUGCAGCAUCAGAUUCAGAAGAGGAAACCUGGGGAAAGGUACGAAAGCUAGAAAGUGAGGAUGAGUAUGUUGCUAAUGAAGAAGAAGAUGAGGAGGAGGAAGAUGAAGUGUUGCCUGAGCAAGAAAAGGACUCAGAAAAUGAAUCAGGUGAGCUCACAGAGAUGAAAAAAGUUAAUAGAACAAAACCAGAUAAGAAAAUAAAACCCAAGAGAAUUGUGAAAAGUAGCCCAGAGAAAUUUGUUAGGAAAGGAAAAAGAGGGCCAAAAACUAAUAAGAAAGCUAUUAUUGACAGUGAAGAAGACAUACCCCCAUGUACUGGUGUACAAGUACCUAGUGAAAAUGAAGAUCCUACUUUUGGAUAUGCAAGUCACCAAAGUGUUAAUACUCAGACUUCAGAAGCAGAAUUGCAAAGUUGUUCUAUAGUGAAUGUGCCUAUUGGGAACUUGCCAAAAGAAAGGAAAGGCAGAACACGUGGACAAGGAAGGAAACAAGAAGAGCAGAAAAAGAAAGGUAAAAGAAAGAAGAAAAAUGAAAAUGCUUCUCUUGAUUUUACUGAAGGAUUGGCUCCUGGAUUUCAAACUGAAAAGGGAGAUUGUAGUCUACUUGGGAAGCAACUGGCUGAUGUGCAAUUGCUUCCAGCCCAGUCAAGAAUGGGAGCUGAAAUUUCAGUGAAAGGUGGUGAAUCUCUGAUGCAAAGACUCACAGCUGCAGGCAGGACAGUUCCCAUUUCACUUGGUUCCAAUCCAGAUCUACUUCCUGAGGCUGAUCGAGCUAUGCUAUUACAGAGUGCCAAAGGAGCAGAGACUGAUCCAUUACGGAGUCUGUUGGCAGCUCCACCUGUAAUUCCUUCAGAUGGUGAUUUGAAAGUUAGUGAGGAUGUCCCCCCACCAGCUGGGAAACGGAAAGGUCGUGGCCGAGGAAAAGCUGCUGCUGCAAAAGCAGUAGAUGUAAGCCACUAUCCACUUCAAAAUUUUCCUCAGUCAGGCCCAGGAAUUGGGAAUACCAGCAGUAGCAGUGUAAUAACACGAAUGCUUCAAUCUCAGCCUGUAUCAGGAACACCCCAAAGUUUUACUGCGGCUGCAACAGCUAUGGGUCACAAAUAUUUUGGCAGCUCUUCUGGAGAACCUUCACUGAUGCCAAUGCAGAAUGCUGGUCGUGGCACUUCAUCAGUGCCACCUUACUCAGGACCUCCAAAGGGUUUGUCAUCACCAUACCGACCACCACCGCCUACAGACACCAACAACUCUGGCCUAGGACCUGCAAUGGGCCACUAUGGCUCAUCCCCAUCCACCAGAGGGCCUGGAAUUCGAGGUCCUCCUGGUUUCCAACAAACAGGAUCCAUGCGGCUUCGCAAUCCUCCACCAAGUGGCCAGCCACAUAUGUUUCAUACAUCACACCAUCCAAUGGAUCCAUCACCGUCUGGUGGAGGUCCUAUAAUCAUUUCUUCCACAGCUGCUCCUCCUCCUCCACCAGCAGGCAGUCCCCAUAGUACCAAACCAGGUACGCCAUCUACAUCUCAAAAUACACCAACACCACCCCCACCCCCACCAUAUUCUCGACCAGGGUCUCAGUUGCCCUUGGUUCCUCCUACAAGUACAACAAUGCCAUCAAUGAUGCAGUUCCCAUCACAACAAGGAGAUUCUUCACAGCCUCCUGUUCGGCAUCCCCCUCCCCCGUUCCCACCUUCUACUUCAGCAGGUCACCUUCAAACUUCACAAGGUGCUCCACAAUCAUCUCCUCCUACUCACCAAGGCCGCAGCCCAGUUCCAGGUAAUUUCUCACCUUAUCAUCCUCCUCCUCCAGCUAAUUAUCAUUAUGGUGGUUACCCACCACCACCUCCUAUGUCAGCAGCUGAUGAUGCACUGCCUCCUUCGGCAUUCCAAGGUUCCCCAUAUACAGAUCACUACACAUCUUCAGAUAUGACAGCAAAUUUGCAAGCAUCAGAUGGCAGCAAUAGCAAGUCGUAUGAUGAGGAAGGUGGUGGAGAAUUUGGAGGCCUUGUCUCAUACUUUUCCAGCCAACGAGAAGAUGAUCUAGACACAUAGCAAGUUUGUUAAAUCUGACUGAUUCAAUUCACACAAUUUCAAUCAGUCUUGAAAAUCAUAGUAUUUUCAGUUGUAACUUAUUGUAAAGGCAGCUACUAACCACUACAUCACAUUGUGUAUAAUGGAUGUAAAGAGAAACAUUCAAAAAUUUGCAUUGUGAAUUUGAGAAGGACCAUAAACAUUUAUUUUAUAAAGAAUAGAGAAUGAGUGAAUAUUGGAUGUAUACUUGAGGUGGAGAUGUAAAUAGGUGUAAAUAUAAAUUAAGGUAAAUGUUUUAAGUGUAAACUAUUAAAUAGUAUUAUAUAUUUAAUUACAUUGUGCACCAAUGUGAACUAGAGAAAUAUUUCUUUUUAAGUAGAUUGGAAUGUUUCUUGCAUAAGCGUGGCAAAUCUUUUUUAUAAAUAUAUACCCCUAACUGCACAAAUCAUACUUGCAAGAAAACUAUCAGUGUAAAAGCCCCAAAAUUAGUGAUGUCUUGUUUGAAGCAUUGAUGAAUCAAAGCUAGGAGAAUGUGCAUAAAUACUCUGUAAACUUGUGUUAAUCAUAUACUUAAAUGUAAUUCAUCAACAUAAAAUCACUUAACUUUCCUCGUAUCCAUUUGUCAUCCAUACUUAAUUUUCAUAUGG